AUGAAGCGCCUCAGCCUGUCCGUCUGCAGCCUCCUGCGCCUCAGCCUGUCCGUCUGCAGCCUCCUGCGCCUCAGCCUGUCCGUCUGCAGCCUCCUGCGCCUCAGCCUGUCCGUCUGCAGCCUCCUGCGCCUCAGCCUGCGCCUCAGCCUGCGCCUCAGCCUGCGCCUCAGCCUGCGCCUCAGCCUGCACCUCAGCCUGCGCCUCAGCCUGCGCCUCAGCCUGCGCCUCAGCCUGCGCCUCAGCCUGCGCCGCUCCAGCCGCCGGCUCCGCUCCAGCCGCCGGCUCCGCUCCAGCCGCCGGCUCCGCUCCAGCCUAGUCCAGAAGCAGACAUGGCCUCCACUUCCUCAGCUUCAUCUCUGUCCCAUUCUGUCCCAUCAGCUCCUCCGAUACAAGUCCCUGUAA